UAAAUUUUUGAGGUAGUAAUAGCUACAAAGUGGUUCAAGAAAGUUGUUGAAAUGAAUUAAAAGAAGAUACAAAGGAGAAAGGAAACAGGGAGAAGCCCAACAACAGGAGCAUCACACCACGAGAACCAUUCGCUCUAAUACUGCUGGAGAGCAUAUUCACCUCUCUUGUAUCCUUCCCAGGGACCAUUGUGAGUCCUUUUAACCUUUUGAAUCAGAUCCAUAAUUCCAGAGCCAUAGCUGCAGCAGUUAACAUCAUGAACACAACUUGGAUGGUUCUUGCUGUUGCAGCAAGCAUUCCAUGCCUCGAAAGUUUUCAGAAUCUGAUGUCAGAGGGCAGUUUGGUUUUGUGAUUUUUUUAAGAAAAUCUUUGUUGUUCCUUUCUCUCCACACGUACCUGCAGAAAACAAUCGCCAGCUGAUCUUAUCCAACUGUUCUCUCUCCUUGUUCACACUUUCUUCGCCGUUCAGUCCAGAAAAUAAGAAGAUUACUUAGCCUUUCUGUGAUCCCAAGCCUUCUUAAAAUUCAUCUGUGGAGUUUUAGUAAGUACCAGAAGUGUCUCCAAAAACCAGCUUCAACUGUGCAAUUAAUAAAUAGGUGGUCCACAGUUCCCCUUAAUAUUUUUUAGCUGUUAACAGCCUAUUAAGCUACUUAACUAGCCAAGUGAGUUACAUCAUGAAUAUAUGUUCUGGUUUCUUUGCAUAUUAGCUCUUUUGGUGCAGGCCGGGUUUGGAGAUUAGCAAAAAGUCAAGAUUUAUGAGCUGAAAUAGCUAGUCUUCUGGCCUUUACUGCACUUGCUUUCUUUGAGUAGCUGCUCUCUCUCUCUCUCUGUCUGUGUAUGUGUGUGUGGUUUGUUUUACAAAUAUAUAUAAAUAAAAGCACCAACUUAUUUUGUUUCAGGUGUACAAUCCAUUGGUGUUUGUUAUGGAAUGGUUGGAAACAACCUGCCUCAACCAAGUGAUGUAGUGAAUCUCUACAAAUCUGAGAAUAUCAAGGCAAUGAGACUUUAUGGUCCAAACCAAGCUGCUCUCGAUGCUCUCAAGGGUUCCAACAUCCAACUCAUCUUAGAUUUCCCCAACCCUGAUCUAAAAUCAGUUGCCUCUAACCCUGCAGCAGCCAAUGACUGGGUCCAAAAGAAUGUGAGGGCCUAUUACCCAGAUGUUUCUUUUAAAUACAUUGCAGUUGGCAAUGAAGUGAUCCCUGGAGAUCAUGCUCAGUAUGUGCUCCCUGCCAUGAGAAACAUCUUCUCAGCUUUGUCCUUGGCAGGCCUCCAAAACCAAAUCAAAGUCUCAACUGCAGUUUCCACUGGGGUCCUAGGGGCAUCAUACCCUCCCUCAGCUGGUGAAUUCUCUUCUAAUGCACUAAAUUACUUGAGACCAAUCGUUCAUUUUUUAGCUGGAAAUGGAGCCCCACUACUAGUCAAUGUAUACCCUUAUUUCAGUUAUGUAGGCAACCCCAAUAGCAUCAAGAUUGAGUUUGCCUUGUUUACUUCCCUGGGGACCUUUGUGAUGGAUGGACAACAUAGAUAUCAGAACCUCUUUGAUGCAACAGUGGAUGCAGUUUACUCAGCAUUGGAGAAAGCAGGAGGGUCUAAUGUGGCGAUCGUCGUAUCGGAGAGUGGUUGGCCGUCGGCUGGUGGUACUGCAGCAAGUAUCAACAAUGCACAGAUAUAUAAUCAGAAUUUGAUCAGGCAUGUUGGUCAUGGUACACCAAAGAGACCUGGGAGGGCUAUAGAGACUUUCUUAUUUGCCAUGUUCAAUGAGAACCAGAAGCCGCAAGGGAUAGAAAAAAACUUUGGGCUCUUUUACCCAAACAAGCAGCCAGUCUACCCAAUCAACUUCACUAAAUCCAGAACUAUACACAAAUAAUAACAUCUAGAAUAAACCACUGGAAGCAGGGGUGUUUUGGUUUCCUUGACUAUGUUAUCUGGGAUAAAUGUUCCUCUUGCUUGGAAGGUUUGGUAAAUAAAAAUAUGUCAUGCGGCUUAUUUUCAAAUCAUA